GAUUGGCAUGUGCUUUCUUCAAGGGCGAAUUGGCGCCGCACGAUUGGGGCUGGGGCCAGGACCUUGCAGCCUCUGGGGUUUGCAUGUUGGCCUACUUGGAAUACUUUGGGCUCGGAGGGAUACGGUCUUUUGGCAACAGCUGUGAAGAAGAGAUCCUGGAAGCUGUUCAAGUUGCGCCCAAAGAUUCAUAUGUCCCAACAUCAGAGUUUGCUGCUUCUACAAGGUGAGGACCUAGGCUUCAACGGUCUUUGCAACCUGUCCGAUCUAUUUGAUCUGCAAUUUUGUCCGUGA